AUGAUUAUGAGUAAAUUUGAAUGGCACGGAAUUGUUAAUAACCAUUGCUUUCUUUGUAACACAUCUGUGGAAAAUGUUGAACAUGUUAAGCAACGUGAACACAUGAUUGCUUUGGUCCAAUCUGAAAUGAUAAAGGUCAAAGACAAGGAAUACAAUAGAAAGAUUGACGAUAAUACUUUGUUCUGUUUUACAUGUUCCAAAUCUUUUGCAAUUGGUUUGUCACAUAAUCACGAAAGAAAUGAAAAAGUUCAAAAUAUAAAAAGCGAAAUUAUAGAAAGUGCAGCAUCUGUUGAACCAACGACUGUUAAAUCAACACCAGCGCCUGGAAAAGUGGAAGUUGAAUCUUGCGCCAAAGAUCUUUCGACUCCUUUAUUGGAAAAACAAAGAAAAUAUUUUUAUAUUAUGCCGGAUAAUUGUACAGCUAGAUGCAUUCAAUGUAAAAGGAAAUUAUACAACUUUACGCUAGAAGCUUUGAUUAGACACAGAAAAGCUCAUAAUACAGAAAACAAAGAAAGCGACUCGUCCGACGACUCUGACAGCUUUGAAUACACAGAAAUUAUUGAUCACGGUAAAAGAAGAUCUGAAAUAGCUAAAUACGGCAAAAAACACUUUAUAAAAUUAAACCCUGGUGGCAGUAAGGGUUAUUGUUCCUUAUGCGAUGUUUAUAUAUCCGCACAUUAUUACGUAGCAAAAGAACAUGUAAGAGGUACCCGACAUCAGGGUAUGUUACUUGCCAAAGGGUUAAAAAAGGGUAUACGAUACGACAAUCAAACGUGGUACAUCCCCCCAAUGAAAUCCCUUCAAAUAUUUUUGAAGGAAGCGUUCAUCGUGGAGGAUUUAAAAGCCAUCUGCCUAAAUAAUAAAAUAUGCGUGGACAUUCAAAGCUUCUUGCUGGUUCUUCCGAUAGCGAAUAAUAAAAUCAAAUGUUUAACGUGCGAUAAAAUAAUUCAAGCCCAAGAAGUUAAGCAACACUGCGGAAGCAAAGCACAUAAGACGAAUUUAGUUAGAGCUUCAGUUUUAGAUAUAGAUUAUGAUCCGGAACUUGCCAACGAGUUUGUAAGAGAGGUAAAGUAA